AUGAAAGGCCUCAGCAGCGGCGAAGAGGAUUUGGCUGCGAACUUCGUGAAGAGGCGACUGCGCGAAGAGCCUUCGCGAGUGCCUUUUUUGGUGGACUUGGGGGCUCCGGGCAGCGUGGGCUACAUCGCAAGGAAUGUGCGCGGAGAUGUUUCUGGGGUCCUUAGGGCCCACAUAAACAGGGAAAAUGUUUGCAUAAUUGACUUCUUAGACGCCAGCGGGAUUGCCGAGGAGGCCCGCAAGGCGCAGCUGCUGCUGGAGCUUUUGAAGCACUUGGAGUUCCAGAAAGUGGACAAAGUGGUGCUGCCCGCAGUGCCCAUUGCAGACGUGGGCACAGUUUCUUUGGCUGCGGAGUUGGGCUUUUUAAUAAAAGCCAAUUCUGCAGAUUCUCUUUUGAUGGUUCGCGACGGAGACUUGCCGCUGCCCCAAAACGACGUGGUGGUCGUCACGCGCAAGCUCCGCGCCAUGUACACAGCAGUGAAGGCCUACCGGUCGCGCCGCGCAGCCCGCAUUAGGCGGGAAAUUUUGGAUGUGUACGACGCGUUUCUGCACCUGAGUUACCACAAGCGGGAGCUGAUUGAAAGGCAGACCCGAGCCUUGUUUGCACGCGCGGGCGCUGCGCUGCUGCUGCUGGGCCUGGCCGCGCUGGCCCGCCAAAUCCACCAGCACAGAAAAAACAAAAGAGCUUUGCGGCGUUUCCGCAGCGCCCGGCUCGUGGAUGACUUCGCGCCGCGGGGGGAAGAAGUGGCAGUGGAGGCGCGGCCGGGGCUGGGCGCCCGCGCCUUUCAGUGA